AUGGCUCAAGCUCCUUUCGACACCACCACUCAAGCGGAUUUCUUCCGAAUGCUCAGUCAAUUAGAUCUGGAAGCGAUGGUGGUGAUGGGCGAUCCAAAAAAUUCUGAUUUCAAGUUCCUUUUCACAGAGAACGGUACCUAUGGAGGUGCAUCGGUAGCCAUUGAAAAUGGAGACGAAGCAGAAGGGUACGUCAUCAGAAAUUUCACGGUGAACAAAUCGAAAAUGAAGGCGUACUGUAUCACAGGAUGGAGCAACGAUGCAGAACCACCAAAGGGAUUCCUCAACAUUCACGAAAAGAUUCGAAACGCUGUCGGCGUCGAUAGUAAGAACCCUUUGAUGCUGAUCUGUAAAGAUGGCUGCUCUCGGUGUGUGAGUCGGAAAGGGUUCGCGCGAAAGGGACGAAUCAAAUUUGCGGAAUCUGUAAAAAAUAUACGUUACCAUAGAAGCAACUGCUUCGAUACGCAGGAUCUCUUCGAAGCUGCCUCGGCAAUAAUUAUCGAACUCGCGAAGAAAAACUCGGAUUCGACCGAAGCAAUAAAAACUACU